CCCAGCCCUAAGGAAGUAGAGUUCACAUCCCCCUUUAACCCUUCUACCACCUAUCAAUAAUGGCGUCAUCACACAAGUUCUUCCCGGCCGUCCUCCUCCUCCUGCUGCUAGUUGUCACCAUGGAGGUGGCGCCGGCGCAGGCAGAGGAGGGGAGGGUGUGCGAGACGGAUAGCACUCGGUUCAAGGGGAUAUGCAUGGUUGGCACAAACUGCGCCAACAUUUGCCUCACCGAGGGCUUCACCAGCGGCAAGUGCUCCGGCUUGAAGAGGAAGUGCAUUUGCACCAAACCAUGCUAGCUAGAUGAUAAAACGUGGAUGGCAAUGACCGUACAUACCCAUGGACCUGUUCUCAGGAUGGUCAGAGUCACAUCGAUCUGCCGUGCACGCCUCUAACAUACUUCAGGUUCACGGCGUCACGAUGUUCUUUCUUCAGCAGUUACUAUGAAGGAUAUCACUUUAUUUCUUUCAACAAGUUAGAAGAUGUAUGGUCUAAGCAUGCAAGUGUUCAUUGUAUUCUCUUAGUAUAUGUGUAUUUUUGUUACCUUUUUCUCUAUGUUAUUACAGUUUUUAUUGCUGAUCAAUUUGAUUUCUUGUGGUAAUAACAAUUAUAAGAGAGCUCCCUUUAUAUUACCAUAUGUAUAUGCCG